GUCAAGGACGCUUGACGAGGUUGCCGGAGGUCGGAUACGUCUCUUGAUAAAACAAUCUUUCUCCUACGUAGCAGAGCAUAUUGCAGUUUUAGCAGGCACGGGAGGAAAGCAUAAUUGUCUAUAGGACUGUCAGCAGGCAAGAGAACAUGGCGAAACCUACUGUGUUCGUUACACGAAAAAUAGCGCCGGAAGGACUGAAAAUCCUACAAGAAAAGACAAAUGUAAAAAUCUGGGACAGCGAAGAUGCCUGUCCAAGAUCGGAACUGUUGAAGAAUGUUGCGGGUUGUGAUGGAAUUCUUUGCACAAUCAACGAUCAAAUCGACGCAGAGGUUUUAAAUGCAGCAGGCAAGAAACUUAAAGUAAUUUCUACAAUGUCUGUGGGUAUUCUUCACAUCAGUACCACAGAGUGUGGAAAGCGGGGAAUUCAGGUGACCAGCACACCUGACGUUGCUUCUGACUCUGCAGCAGAAUUCACAGUGGCCUUGACACUUGUAACUACCAGACGUCUUCUAGAAGGAAUGGAUGCUGUCCUCAAAGGAGAGUGGGGCCUUUGGCGGCCUAUGUGGAUUUGUGGAAUUGAGAUGGUUGAUCGCACCAUUGGCAUCAUGGGCUUUGGACGAGUUGGGUUUGGAGUUGCUAGGCGAUUGAAGCCAUUUAAUGUGACCAAACUCAUCUACCAUGACUUGUACCGUGCAGGCUAUGCUGACCAGGUGGAUGCAAAGCUGGUGACAUUUGAUGAGCUGGUGACACAGUCAGACAUAUUAAUUGUAUGCUGUGCUGCAACACCCAAGACCACUAAAAUCUUCAACAAAGAAACAUUUGCCAAGAUGAAGGAGGGAUCUAUUUUCAUUAACACAUCACGGGGGAUCGUUGUUGAUCACGAUGCUUUAGCUGAGGCUGUUCAGAAAGGAAGACCCAAGAGAGUUGGUCUGGAUGUGACUGAUCCAGAACCUCUGCCAAAGGAUCACCCUCUGAUGAACAACAGGAAAGUUAUCAUCACACCACACAUAGCAACAAACACCUGGACCACUCGCAUCAACAUGGCCGUCAAUGCAGCCAAUAACCUCUCCGCGGCUUUGUGUGGUAGGGAUGACCUCCCCAAUGAAUAUUCCUAUGCUGGAAAAUAUGAUUGUCGUUGAGUUGUCUUGCAUCAGUUACGUUGUGUUCCUAGUUUCUGUGCUAACAUUUUCCUUAAGGUUAUAGGAAAAGAAGGUAGGUAAAUCAUGGCUUACUGUCUCGUUAUCCUAUUCCAGCUUCACAUUAUGGAUAACAUUAACAAAGCAUUUUAUUUUUAAUGAAAAUCUACAAUGUUCUAUUUUGUAACAGGGUGUGGUAAGUAUUUUAUGAACAAGAUGAUUAUUGUUUGAUAGUGUAUGGGUUAACAGAAAUAACAAUGUUCGAAAAGAGAAAAUAUUAGCGUUCCCCCCUAAAUAUGAAUAAUUUUUAGCUUUGGUUACUGUUGGGUUUUACUUUGGGUGCUGAGAAAUAGCUCUGAUGUAAGUAUUUCUCCCCUUUUUUUUAUUUCUCGAGUUGUUAAAAGCUAUGGUCUAAACACAUAGCUAGAGAUCUGGUUAGGAAUUAGAAUUUUAAAACUUUAUGUAAAGAAAUUAAAUAUGUAUUUUUUCCUCGGGAAUUUAAACAAAGAAUACUUCCAGUUCUGUUAUAACUUUGCAUUCCCUUCUGUGAUUUUGGUCAUUAGUCUAAUUGUGUGAAAUAGUGUUCAGGUUUGAGUGACUUUUUUUUUUAACAAAAGGAUGAGGUAACAGGUUUUGCGUUUGCUUAUGACUAGGCUUUUAGAUGCUGUGUGCAGGAAACACAAGCCUGAUCACAAACCGCGUUAGGGAAUUUUAUUUGGUGUUUUAUUAUACAGGUCCGAAUAUUUCAAAAGACUUCUGCUAUCAAACCCUUUCAGGUUCUGCUUAUAUUUUUUGAUGCACUAAAUUUUUGUGCUUAUUUUUUCUUUUGCUUUUGAAAAUGAUUAGGUUUGGUAAAUAAUUUUAAAAUGCAGGUAGUUAUUACUUAUACUUAUAUUUACAUAUUUAAAAAUGGUGAAAUCAGGUCUAGUUGGGGCAUUAAGUUUUGUUUAUGCUGAAAUGAAUUCCCCUUUUUUUCCUAAGUGGUUAAAUAAAUUAAUGCAUUAUUAUAUAGUACUAAUACUAGAAAACAACAAGAAAACUGGUUGUUAGUCGACAUGAUGAAAGAAAAAGGUGAAUAAGAAUCAUGAAAAUCAAAACUUGUUUUUUUAACUUACUGUUUUCCCAAAAGAUAUUACUUUGUGUAAACAAGUUAAAUCUUAGUACUCAUUUCCUAUACUAGUCUGGAUUUCCAGCACUAAAUUACUGAAUGUCAGGGCUGGAGACAGUUUUUACUUUGUGAAGUAUCAGACUAAAGCAUCAUAACAAUCCCUGUUUUUUUUCUAGAAAGACAAAUCUUGUAGUCUCCACUGUUUUUAGAAAUAUUUUUUCAGCUGGAAGCUUCUGAAAAUGAAGAUAAUUUUAAAAGAUAUUUAGUGCACUUUUAAUGAAAGGAAAUAAAUCUGCAUCUGUUUAUUCUCAUUACAUUAUGCUGAGAUGUCUCUUUUACAAGCUAUUAUACCCGGCUUGAAAUCUCAAACCUUUAAUUUUUAUUUUUUUUUUUGCUUCAUAUUGAGAAUCUCCUUGAGUUUUAUUUGUUUGUAUAUAGUUUUUGAAAAUUUUUGCUUAGCAAAGUGCUUUUCUUUAGCUGUAGUAAUAGGCUCUGUUAGCGCUCUGCCAAUCAUGCAGUGAAAAAGGCAUUGCUUACAAUAAUAUAUGCUGAACAGUGGGGUUACUUCCUCAGCCAAUAAGAUGCCAAAAUCAGGAAAAUAUGCUCAGAAAAUGUAUCUUGUAUGCAAAGAAAAAGUCUGAGUUAGAUUUUAAUGUAUGAAGUGGAAAAGAAGGACUCUGUUAGAGUAUAGAAGGUAAGAAGCAUCUAAUUGCUUGGUCUUUGUUGAUAGUAUUUAAGGUCUUACACAACAAAGUACUAUUUUCAGUAGCUGGGGACAUAAAAUAGGAGAGGUUGCUUGAGAAAAUUGAAGACAAAAGUGUUUUACAGAAGGGUAAAAUCAUUUUAGUAAAUUUUCCUUUCAUUGACAUACUGAAGCAGUAAAACUUAAAAAAACAAAUAGUCUAGCGUUUUGUUGUAACUAGAUUUAAGGAAGUAUUAUAUUUUAACAACUUUCAUUUUACUCAGGUUUUAGAUUUAUUUUCUCUGGAAAGAAAUUUUUAUCAGCUCUAUAGAGAAAGUAUUUGCAUAAACUGUUAUUUAGUCUGAACAAUCAUAUACACUUUGUAUGCCUGUUGAUUUUUUAAAAACUUUCAUAUAUGUUUAUAUUUAUAUUAUUUAGAUCUGGAUAUUUUUAAACCUCUUUCUUAUACUUUUGCACAUAAUUUUCAUGUGAUUUUAGUGAUUGUGAUGGUGCAUGAUGUGAUGAUAUAUGAUGGCCUUGCACAUUAAAGGUCUCCCUAAAAAGCUUUCCUUCACGUGAAUUUCCUUUGUGCCUUGCAUAUUUGUGUUUGAUGGUACCCAUCAUCUUACUGUCAACAGCUGCCACAUGCAAGAUCAAAACUAUGUCUUUCAUUGUGAACAAACAAGUUUCUUAUAAUAUCUUAAAUAACAUGGCUCCAUGGAGGUUGUCUAGGAUAGGAGGCAGAUGAGAUUAUGUCACUUGCUAGGUGCAUGUUGUGUGCAAUCAUGUUUUAACGUGUGCCUGCCAGUGUUUGUUUGCAGUAGAUUCCAGAUGUGCUUGACACAUGUUUCUGACUAUCAUUUUAUAAAUUACUUGUUUUUCUGCAUUUUCUUGUUCACCUGCUGGUAGCAAUAACUUUACACCAAUGAAAAUGAAUGAGUUUUGUGGAAAAAAUGCAAUUCUUAACCAAAACACAGCUUUAUUACUAUUUUGCUUUGAAUUAUGAAUGAAAAUUAUAGUUAGCUUUUCUUAAUCCUAUUUAUUUUCUUCCUUGUGCGUGAUGUGCUUGAUGCAAACUAUUGUGUAAUUCCAGUUUUUAAUCUAUUAAUGCUUUCCUUUUUCUGUUCUUUCUUUAGGCAAAUCUUGGAUGAUUUGUUGAUGCCAUCUUAAAUUUGUGCAGCACUAAUUAUUAAAUAAACUUUGCUUCUCUGUUUAGACCUACUUGCAUGACUUCUUUGUUUAUAACCAUACAUAACCCUCAGAAGAAGCUGAAUUCAAAAGAAGGGAUUGCAUGCUGUAACAUUACUGAAAGUGAAAAUGGUAAAAUAAAAUUGUGAAAAAGUUA